UGGAACUAACAAGUAGAGCUUCUUAGCUUUCAGUUUAUUUUAAACCUCUAAAUUUUGUGUCCAUGGCUCCAGUACCCAUUUCUCAGAUCGAGGUUGGACAUAUCGACGAUGUCCAAGAACUGAGGAAGUCCAUACCAGCAGCAAUACCUGAAAGAUUUAUCCGGGACAUGGCUGAGAGGCCAACACUAACCAUGGAGACCCUACUAUCAUCAACUGACAUUCCUGUAAUCGAUUUCUCGCAGCUUUUGAAAGGCAAGACAGAUGAACUCCAGCGUGAACUUUCAAAGCUUGCAGCUUCUUGUGAGGAGUGGGGAUUUUUCCAGGUGAUUAACCAUGGGAUCGACUUGGGUUUGCUUGAGAGCAUAGAGAAGGCAGCCAUGGACUUUUUCAUGUUACCUUUGGAGGAGAAGCAGAAGUAUGCAAUGGCACCUGGAACAAUUCAGGGAUAUGGACAGGCCUUUGUGUUCUCUGAGGACCAAAAGCUGGACUGGUGUAACAUGUUUGCACUUGGACUUGAGCCCCACUUUAUUAGGAACCCGAAAUUAUGGCCAACAAAACCAGCUGAAUUCAGUGACGCUUUGGAGGUUUACUCCAGAGAAAUAAGGGAACUUUGCCAGAACAUGUUAAGAUAUAUAGCCAUGAGUCUUGGCUUGAAUGAGGAUGUUUUUGAGAACAUGUUUGGGGAGGCUGUGCAAGCUGUAAGGAUGAAUUACUACCCACCAUGUUCGAGACCUGAUCUUGUUCUUGGUCUAAGCCCCCAUUCUGAUGGAAGUGCACUUACUGUUCUGCAACAAGGAAGGGACGGCUCAGUAGGGCUUCAAAUUCUUCGACACAACACAUGGGUGCCCGUUCGCCCCAUUCCUAAUGCAUUUGUCAUCAACAUCGGAGACACCAUAGAAGUUCUAACAAAUGGGAAAUACAAGAGUGUGGAGCAUAGAGCAGUGACUCACAAGGAGAAGGAUAGGCUCUCAAUUGUCACGUUCUAUGCCCCAAGCUAUGAGAUUGAGCUUGGCCCCAUGCCAGAAUUUCUGGAUGAGAACAAUCCAUGCAAGUAUAGAAGAUACAACCAUGGAGAGUACAGCAGACACUAUGUGACUAGCAAGCUGGAGGGGAAGAAAACCUUGGAUUUUGCCAAGAUUCAUACCCAUAGCUCAUCUUAAGAGGGCCCUACCCCCUUUCCCAACAAAGGGCUACCCUAUAUUAUUGGAUUUGUAUUGAAUGCUAUAAAAUAUUAUUAUUAAAGUUUCCGUCUCUUAGGUAAUGUGAAGGGUAUAAACCGAGAUACAAGUUGGGUGCUGAUUAUUGAUAGAUUGUACUGUUUAUAUGUAACCCUGUUUUGUGAGUCGAAUAAUGAAAGUUGGUGGGGUAAUAGGUUUGUGACUCUUUUAUAUCAACUGUGUGUUUGUAA